AUGACUCCCGCUCGUCUACUUCUCCGAUCAAGCCAAUUGCUCGCGCGCUCCAACGUGCGAUCCUUCACCAGCAGCAGCUCUCGAUUCGCUGGCAUCCCUCUCAAUGAACGAGGCAACGAUACUGCCGAAGAAUACAGGCGGUACAUGAAAGAGAAGCCGCUGAACCCGCACAUGACCAACACCACCUCGACCAUUGCCAACGAGAUGCCCAGCAUUGGCAAGGAUGCUGCUCCACCGGAGCUCAUCACAAGUGUAGACAAGGACUUUGUGCCCAAAGACUCGGUGCAGGAGAACACGGACAGGAUGACGGGCGGCACACAGGCAGCUGCCCCUGACUCCGGAGUGAAUGCAGACCUAGGGGUAGGUGAAAUUGAGGGCGGAACCUUCAAGGUCGAGCCACUCCGCCGCACAGGCGAGGACGUCAACACCACCCGUGCCCGUCUCCUUUACCAAAGCCGCAAAAGAGGGACGCUAGAGUCCGACCUGCUGCUGUCCACCUUUGCCGAUGAGCACCUCGGCUCGAUGACGGAGGCACAGCUGCAGCAGUAUGACACAUUCCUCGACGAGAACGACUGGGAUAUCUACUACUGGACGACGCAGGAGGCACCGCCUACUUCCAUGGCAUAUGCUGAGGGUGCGGGACCAGACAUGGCGGCACCCGAGGCACAGGGCAAGGAUAUGGAGGGAGGAGCGAACAGCGCGGGUGGGAAGUUGGUGCGUAAGCCUGGAACUGGCGAGUGGGCGCAGACUGUCGGCACCUUCAAGCCUGCCUACCGACCUGUACCUCAGAGGUGGAAGAACAGUGAGAUUCUGUCGUUGUUGAGGAAGCACGUCAUUGAUCGCAGCGCCGGUGGAAUUCAUAUUGCUGGAGGCGAGGAGGCACCGGUGGACUCGAGCGGCAGGAAGGGCGGUGGACUUGGUUUCAUGCCGGAGCUGAAGAACUUCGACCGACCAUGA